UGGUAGCACUGAUACAGCUGAUCAAAAAUGUUGUAAACAAUAUUGAAUAAAGAUGGAUAUGAAGGAUUACUACACUUGGACAUACCCGGAUAUACCCGCAAAUGUGGCCCAGGAACUGAGGCAGCUGAAAAGUUCGCUUGUUGUGGUCGGAGUCGUGGGCCGGUCGAAAUGCGAUCAGGCCAACAAGAUGCAGGCCUUCGGCAUGGAACCUCCGAUUGAGCACUCGGCGCGGGAUGGCCAGAUGCAGUGCUACUACAAACCGGGCACCUCCUGCCUGCUGCUGCACUUCGAAACCACCUAUGACGAGGUGAUCCUGGGACAAAUGAUAGACGCCUGCAUGGAAGACACUGAGAAGCCCUUCGAUUUCGAUAGCUUCUACGAGGGGAUGCGUUGCCGCUUUGUGCGCAUGAUGCUGCUGGCACUCCAUGUCUGCCACAUUGUGGUCUACGUGGAAACCGGCCAGACCUUCGAUCCCACGCUGGUCACUGUGUUCCAGCUGCUUAAGUUCGCCAGGGAGCAGCAUCUAAUGCAGUUCUUGCCGCAAAUGCUCAGGGAAACCCCCGCCGCCAGGAUGGGCGAGAAGGGUCGCCUGUGCGCCCCCAGGAUUCUCUUCCUGUUUGAGAACUUUCCGCGUGAAGAGGCCAAGACGCGGGAAUGUGUCUCCGCCUAUGAGUUCCAGACAGAGGACUGCAUCUACGAGCUGCUCCGCCACCACAAUAUCGUGACCAACAGCAGCAGCACUUCACUGGUGGCUCUGCCCAACAAUAAGCAGUUCGUUUUCUUCAACGCACACGAAGAGUUGCAUCCGGACAAGUUGCUGAAGGCCAUCGAGUGCCUUAAUUUGGCGAUGUACAAGCCGGAUACUAAGGAGGAGGAGGAAGACCUGGAGAUCCUCGAGCUGGCACCUUUCGAAGGCUUCGUCAAGCCCUAUGGCGUUCCGGCGGAUGAGAAGGAGUUGGAGGAACAGCAGUACAAGAAGGACCACACCGUCUGGCACUUUCUGCAGCGACACGUGCAGGACGCCUUGUUGGGUUGCUUCGAUGAGGGCUCCUUCAAGCAGGCGCCCCAUCUGGGGCAGUUCCAUCUACUUAAUAUUCAGGAGUGGCACGAUUGCAUGGCCACGCUCUACAAGCUGCUGGUUGAAAAUUCCAAAACCCCUAAUCUAGAGACCAUCAACGAGGACUAUAGACUCUUUCUGCAGGGCUUCGACGAGAGCUUGAAUUAUGAAAAAAAAUUUUGGGCUCACCUGUGCGAAUUGGGCCUAAAGAAGGGCAUAUCCGCAUAUAAGAACGCUGCUCCCGCCAACUACGGCAGCUCCACCCACAAGCAACUCCUGGCAGAGGCCACCGUUGCCUUCGAGGAAGAGGGACGCGGUCCACAGGCAAAGGCGGCGCUGGCCAAGCUGGCAGCCGUAUGCCAAAAGCACUGGCAGGAUGGGCGGCAGCAGUGCGAGCAGCUCAGCCUGCGGUCCCAUCCCUGCACCCUUCCCAAAAACGUGCCGCACGAGAAGCACAACAGCGGGGUGAUCCACAUCUCCAGCUGCAACUGCGGCCGCACACAGGGACGCCGCGAAGAUCCUUUCAAUCUGCGGCAGGCCAAUUACGAGUACUAUGAGCACAUGGCCCAAAUGUGCAACCUGUGUGUUAAGGUCAAGCAGUACCAGUUCCCCAUCUUCGAGCCCUCAGUGAGUGAUUAUCGGGCGGCGGCCUUUGAAGCGGCAUUUCCUCUGCUGCACCCGGGCAAGAGUGGUCCCCCGCAGGACGAAGACGAAGAGGAGGGGGAGCCUAAUGAUGAGGAAGAAGGCCAGGAGCCACAGCAGCCGGCGGAGGAGGAGCAGCAGCCGAAUUCGGCCAACAACGGCUGCUCGCAGCCACUUUCACCCACUUUUGGCUCGGACCUUAACAUGUCCAUAGCUGGAUUCGGAGCCUCACUGAACGAAUCGCAAGCCAGCUCGGAACAGUUGACGAAUUCCGAGCAGAACUCCACGAGCAGUGGCACCUCUAGCGCUGAUACGGAAAACGAACUCGUGGUGCAAAUCCAGGAGCCGGCCAAAAAGGAGGCCCGCGAAGACGCAGGUCCACCCGAUGCCUUCUCCACCUCCACCACGGAGUAUUUGCCGGGAUUGGUGCACACUGUCAGCGACUUCGGCCUUCUGCCGCUCUUCCCAAGCUGGUCACUGGCCUGCGUGGGUCCCAGCUCCAUUUACAGCCACAACACCGGGCUGCAGGAGCACUUCCAGAGCGGUUUCUUGUCUGGCGCCAAUUUCCUUCUGCCCUGGGAUGUCCAACUGAGGCUGGUCCACGCCCCCAAGCAGCAGCACCACCCGCACCACCAGCAGCAGCAUCCUGGCAAGAAGCAGCAGCGCUGGAAAAAGCAGGGCGACAGGCUUUCGCUCAAGAUCUUUGUGGGCAUGGAGUACGAGUGCUCCCGCGGGCAUCGGUUCAUGAUGUGCGCCCCCGAUCGGGUGCUGCGCGGCGGAGCGGACAUUGAGCGGGACACCUGCAGCAAGGUGGUGCACAACAACAUGCCGCUGUACUAUCCCUGCCCCUGCCGAUCCCAGAACAACUAUCUGGCGCAGCUUAUGCGCAUCCACGUGGUCACGCCCAAGGCGCCGGUCAAUAUCAUUGUGGAUCCCAAGGUGUGCGUGGGCAAGGGCAAGUACACCUUCACCCUGGGCAGCAUAAUUCCGCCACGCCUGUCGCAGAGCGCCUAUUGGAUUAUCCGGCUGCCCUACGUUUACCAGGGCGACGAUGUUCUGAUUGCGCCGCCGGAGAAACUGGAACCGGAUGAUCCGAUGGCCGGCGGUUACCUGCUGCCCGGGAUGUUCGGCGUGGCCGAGACGGAUCCCACACAGGAUCUGAAUGAGCCUGGACGUAUGGCAGCGUCUGCAGCAGGAAACUUCACUAGAAUUUAAAGCUUACGGUAGGCAGAUAAAAUCUACGCUAAUAAACACAGUAAAGAAGUAGUUUAAAAAAUUACUUUUAAACGAUUA